AUGGUGUUGCAGACUACUUAUCAAGACAAAGCUACUCAGACUGAGAACAAAAACGAAGAUGCAAUUGAAGAACUACUCAAAGCCAUUACUACACUUUGUACUAAAGUGGACAGUAUGAACAAUGAGAUACAAAAGCUAAAGACUAAUGAAGAUAACCUGAAGUCUAAAGCUAAUAUAAGUCAGCAGCAUGACUAUGAAAAUGCGGGGCUACAUCGAUCGGAAGACGGUAAAAUUCCAGAGAUAAAAGGAGACGAUGGGAAACUCCCUAAAACCCAUAAUGUUUAUUUAAAUACAGCUGCAGAUCACAGAUGUUCCAAAUGUAAUGGAGAAGAUAAUGUUAUACCAGAUGUUGAUUUGGAGUAG